UGCGCUCUUUGAAGACAUAAGGUCUUUGAAUUCUUAUUGCACGCUACACCUGAAAAUUAAUAAAUUCGAUCUAUAUCGAUCAAUCUAACCACGUUUGGAAUUUCAUUGGCUUGUAGAAAGGCAUUCAUUUAUGUUUUUUAAGACAUUUAGAUGUUGACCUAUAUUUGAGGAUAUGUAUAAAUACAUAACGUUUUCGACAAGUAGAAUUUAAAAUCGAAUGAAAGAUUGAAUCAAGAAAAAAAAAUUGAUUUGUUUUCCCGAAAGUAUCAGGAUGAUUUCUUGCGUUCUACAACAUGUCAUAUUUCUGGUAGCCCUGAUAUCAGUGAUUGUCGCUCAGACGGAGUUCAGACGAGUCUGCCGUAGUUACCAGUUAGACGUGGGCAUCCGGCGCUGGCCGGGCGACCUUGAGGCUACACACACGUGUGUCCCUGGCCCACGUAAUGGGAGAUGCUUUAUACAAGAUGCAAGCAUGGGGUUCAAUUGUACUGGAAACUUUCAACUUCAGGGAGGACUGGAAAAUCGACGAUCUCUUUGCUGUGAAAAAGCAGGGUUUGAUCUAGUUGGAUGCUACAUACCCAGGAGACUAUUUUCAUUCAGAGACGGUUUCAACAUUCAACGUACACGCACUGUUCUCCGCAGCAUCGUCAGCAAUCCCACUCAAAAUGAUGAAACAACGUUUGUAGUGGAACUUUGUUUUCUUCGCAGAAGAUUAUAUGAUUUUUAUCCGAAAUAUUUGUAAUUCUCCCAGUUUUGAAGGAAAAAACGCAAGCCCGAAAAAGUGUUAUCUACGCUGUUCUUGUUUCAUUUUUUUUUUACAUUUGUAUUCUUUUUUUAUGAUACUGUACAAAUAAAUAUUAAUAAAUUAU